AUGGACACUGCAUCUGUCCUGGACAGCCGGGCACGAGACAAGGCUGCACGCAUUGGACAGGCCUGUCUAAGAUGUCAGUCGAAGAAGAUCAAGUGUGAUGGGAAACAACCAUCAUGUACUCCAUGCACUAAUCGCAGUCAUGAUUGCCAGUAUCAGCAGGUGCAAAGGCGGCGUGGCCCCGGCCGAAGGUACGUUGCAGCGUUGCUUCGAAAUUUAAUAUUCGCAUACCUCAAGUAA